AAUUGCUCCAUACUGUUUGAAUUUGCUAAUUCUAUUACGCUUUGCCUUUCCCUUAUCGAGUUUUCAUUGUUGAUAGUUUUCCGAUCUUGCUCGGCGGGAUUCCUGCCUGACUUGGUCAUUUUUCCAAUUCUCGUCGUCCCGUUGUUCUUGUAUUUAUUCACCCUCGACUUCUCUUUUAUUUUGCCCCCCAUCUACCUCAACACUAGAGAAAUAAAUAUCCGUUUCCUAGUAAUAACCCGUCUCUCACCCACUAUUACCAACCAUGGUCUCGCUUUGGAAAUCAAAGAACCGGGACGAGGAGGCUCACAGUGGCAGCUCGUCCCCUCAGGAGGGCGAGGCUGACGUUGAGAAUGGUCACCGUCGGACAACCAGGGAGGAGCCCGAUGAGCGGACGCGUCUGCUACCUUCAAACCCAAAUCCUCCUCCCCAUCACGAUGGUUAUCUUGAUCCAGACGAUCCGGCGGUCUCGCCAUACAAUCUCUGGACUGUUCGCGCUCUCCGCUAUCUCUCUGUCAUCUUCCUUGUCGUUUCUUUCCUGUGGUGGGUGCUUUUAUUGGUUUCCAUUUUCGUGUCUCCACCUGGAAUGCACAGCCGUGGCUCUGGUUUCUUCGACUUCUCCUACACGACCUUAACUGUCGGUAACCUGCUCAUGGGUCUAUUAUUCUUUGCAAAUCCUUCGCGAGCUCUGAGGAUCGGCUGCAUGAUCUUGGCAAUAAUCCUACUCAUUGAUAUGAUAAUUAUCCUUGCCGUUGGUCGGAUACGGGUCGAGGAAGGCUGGGUUGGAAUUGCCUCGGUGGUCUGGGCCACUGUAAUUGCUGCUUGGACAGUCGUCACCGACCGCGCCGUUGCUUGGGGUAAGCGGGAAGAGGAAGAGAGGCUUACUGGACGCGCUGAGAAUCGUCGCACGCUGCGUGAAUGGUGUGCAGUUUUCACCUCGGCCGUCAUCAACGUUAUUCUGAUCAUUGUCGCAAUCUUGCUCACUGCGACCCUUAUCCUUCGUUCCCGAGACGCCUCUCUUGCACCAGCAGGCGACCGAUACUAUGUCGACUCGGACAAGUAUCAAAUCCAUCUCGCCUGCGUCGGCAAUCAGACUUACACAGACGAUGGCGAGCCUAACCCGACAGUGCUCGUCGAAGCUGGCGAAGGCACCGUUGAAUACGAUCUGCUUCCCUUCAUCUCCAAUGCCUACAAGAACGGCACCAUCGAUCGCUACUGCUUUUAUGAUCGCCCUGGGUUUGGUUGGUCUGACAAUGCGCCGUCGCCCCACUCUGCUGGCAUGACCGCAGACGUUUUGUCCGAGGUGCUUGCCCAGGCGGGCGAAGAAGGCCCCUGGGUCCUUGUCUCUGCUGGAAUCGGUAGUGUUUACAGCCGAAUCUUCUCCAGUCGCCACUAUCAGCAGGUCACUGGCAUUCUCUUGAUUGAUCCUUUACAUGAAGACCUGCUCUAUCGUGUGGGUGCUCCCGGACGUGGAUUUGUUCUCUGGGCACGUGGAAUCAUCUCCCCCUUGGGCUUUACAAGGCUGGCCGGUGCACUUUUCAAAGGACGUACCCGUGAGGACCGGGUCUACGGCGGCAGUGCUUACCAAGGCGGAAAGUUUAUCAAAGCGAAGCUUCAGGAGAGUCUUGUGGCCAAUUCUCUCACUAAGAGCGAGGUCUCUUCUGCACGGACUAUCCAAGGCCGUGACACGCCGCUGGUUGUUGUCAGCUCGGGCAUUGAAGUCCGACGCAACGCUGAGUGGGAAAAGAAACAGCAUGAUUUGACCACGCUUACGGACAAGCUAGUUGCCUGGGACAUUGUCAGCAAAGCGCCUCACGCCGUUUGGAAGACACUCAGCGGCAGAGAAACUUUGGAGAAGCGUCUGCGUGAGUUGGUGAAAUAAAUUCCACCCACAAGCGCACUGGCUCCGUACGCUCUCAUCCUUUCUUCUGUCAACUAAAUUGAUGAGUAACGAAAUCCUGCUUCUUGUCUCUAUUCCUCCUCGUCUUCUUCUCCUUCUUCCCCCUUUUCCCGCUUUCACUCUGCAACUUUCUAAGUUCAACACAGGUUUUUUUUUUUUUUUUUUUUUUUUUUUU